ACAAUCAACACACCUUGAUUUCAAGCCUAACUGCUUAAACCAUUUUCUCCCUAAUUUUCCUGGAAGAAGUUGACACAAUAUUCAUCAUGGCAUCGAAAAGAACUGAGACGUGCUUGGUCCUGGUUCUGGUGCUCAUGCUAUCGCUGUGGAGUGGAGCAAAAGCUCAAUCAGUUUCAAGCUGCGCUAGCACACUCGUGGGCUUGUCCCCAUGUCUAAGUUAUGUCACCGGAAAUUCAUCAACACCAUCUCCAGCGUGUUGUACACAGCUUGCCGGCGUGGUUCAAUCGGCCCCGCGUUGCCUUUGUACUCUGACCAAUGGAGCCAGCAAUUUUAUGGGUCUCAAUAUCAAUCAAACUCUUGCCCUCGCACUUCCUGGAGCCUGCAACGUGCGAACCCCUCCAAUUAGCCAGUGCAAUUCUGCUGCUAAUGGACCAGCAAGCUCUCCAGCAAGUUCGCCAGCGGCUGCCCCUGCGGCAACCUCUCCAGCAAGUCCUUCAGCGGAAGCUCCUAAGACAACCCCGGAGAGUCCAACCACACUUCCGGCAAAUCCAACUACAGCUCCUCCCCUUCCUUCAGGAACAGCAUCAAAGGCAGUCCCAGCAGCCCCUGGAAGCACAUCUGAUGGAAGCCUCGUGAAGCCAGCUCUUUUCCUCCUCCUCGCUGCAUUGGCUUCAACUGCUGUCUUCGAUUUGUGAACUUCUUAAUUGCGGACUUGAUUCAUUCUCGAUCUGUUAUUGCUAAUGAGCGGCCCCAUCCCCCCAUCUUUCCAGCUGACCAAGUGGUGGUUAUUUAUAGUAAUUUCUUCUCCUCUGGCCUAGAGGCCACUUCGGGGUUACCUAUUUGUAAUUGCUGCUUAUUUCUAUGGAAUUUCACGAAAUUUGUUGUGUGUUGAAUGAAUAAAAGAA